UUUUGUAAGAAGCCCUGGGUGAUUGAUUUUAUAAGGUCGUCUUUCAUUUGAGCGAUCAGUCUGUUAGUAGUCUUUCACUGAGUUACAGCUAUGUUAAAAAGAGUUUUGCUUGGCCUGUGCUUGGCACUGGUCCCUGUUUGGACUGCACCUACAGAGACAGACACUGGGCCAGUGGUCGUUCUGAAGCAUGGCAGUGUACGUGGGCAAUAUACGAAAGUUAAAGGCUCUGAUAAAGUGGUUGAGAAAUACAUGGGGAUCCCCUAUGCCCAGCCACCUACUGGCCCUCUCCGCCUGGCUGCACCUAAACCUGUAGAGGGAUGGAAAGGCAUAAGAGAUGCAACCCAACACCCUGCCAUGUGCCUUCAAGACAUAAGAAUAUCCGCUAUGAUUGCAAAAGCCCUGUCUUUGGAUUUCAUCUCCCCUGGAGUUUCAGAGGACUGUUUGUAUCUAAAUGUUUUCACUCCUUCUCAAAGAUCAGAAUCAGAAAAACUCCCAGUCUUGGUUUGGAUUCAUGGAGGAGGGUUAGUCAUAGGCGGAGCUGCCUUAUAUGAUGGAUCCUCAUUGGCAGCUUAUGAGAACAUAGUUGUGGUUGCCAUUCAGUACCGACUUGGAAUCAUAGGAUUCCUCAGCACAGGAGAUCAGCAUGCAAAGGGAAACUGGGGCUUCCUAGACCAGAUUGCAUCUUUACAGUGGGUACAACAAAACAUUGAGAGUUUUGGAGGGGAUCCACAAUCUGUUACCAUAGCUGGGGAAUCUGCAGGUGGAAUCAGUACCUCUUUGCUGACAUUGUCUCCCAUGGCCAAGGGUUUGUUUCAUCGGGCAGUCUUUCAGAGUGGAGUUGCAACCUUGUCAGUUUUCGACAAUCCAUUGGUGUCUGCCAAGAUAGUGGCAAAUGUUACUGAGUGUGACUCCGAAUCUACUGAACAGCUGGUCAAAUGUUUAAAGGAACUGACUGAGACACAGAUCAUUAAUGCAACAAUCAAGCACAAAGGAUUCCUUGGAGCGACGGUUGAUGGGGAAUUUCUUAAAGACACAGCAGAGGAGUUGCUGAAAAGCAAAGACUUUCAGAAAGUUCCAGUUCUUCUGGGUAUAACAAACCAUGAAUUUGGAUGGUUACUCGCUGGGGUUUUUACUCCACCAGGAUGGGAGAAAGGAAUGACAAGAGAAGCAGUAAAAGCAGUGUUGGACAGUUUCAACAAAGUUCCAGGGGCCAAUGAAAUCAUAAUAGAUAGAUAUUUAAAAGACGCUAAAACUCCGGAGGACAUUCGCAAUGCAUAUACUGAAAUGAUGGGAGAUGUUUUUAUGGUGAUCCGCGUCAUGAAAACUGCAGAUUACCAUAGAGAUGCUGGGGUGCCUGUGUAUUUGUAUGAGCUCCAGCAUGGGCCAAGUCUAUUUAAAAAACACAGACCUAGCUUUGUAAAGGCUGACCACGCUGAUGAUCUUGUAUUUGUGUUUGGGGCUUGCUUCUCGAAUGACCUUCCCAAAGCCUUAGGCACAUUCACAGAGGAGGAAAACCAACUAUGCAGAACAGUCAUGGGAUACUGGGCUAAUUUUAUUCGUAGUGGCUCACCAAAUGGACCUGGACUGGUGCACUGGCCUGUGUAUGACCAGUCUAAAAAAUACAUGAACCUGGGAUUAAAGCAGUCAGAAGGUCAAGAUUUGAAAAAGGACACACUGCACUUUUUUAAUGUGGAGUUACCUCAAAAGCUUGCAGCACUACACACAGCCUGAGUCAUUACACUUAUAAACAUGUAGCUAAGCUUCCACAAUAAAUUUGCUUACAUGGAUGCCUGUUAGCUAAAAAUAAAAAGCUUGUUUUGCAGCAGAGAUGCCUAAAGUCCUAAAUGUAUGACUAAAAUAUAAGUUUUAGCUUGCUUGCUUGUAGUGUAAUUUUGGUCACUGUAUAAUUCACAUACUUCAAUUUGUGUUAUUGAAUAGUUUUGGAUAAUGGAGUAAAAUAUAAACACAUUUGGGCUCGUGGUGAAUAAACAUUUAUAAAGCACA